GCAUAGAUAGAGUUCACAUAAUAUCAAGAAAAAAAAAUAUAUAUCACACCCUAAAAAUAAAAAUUUUAGAAAAGAAAAAAUUGAAAAAAUUUCUAAUUGUGAUAGAUAUUUAUCUGGAGAGAGAAAAACAAGGAGAAAAAACACAAGUUUUGAGAGAGAAAAAAGAGAAGAAAACUUCAAAAAACUUGAGAAAACUUAGAAAUGGCGGAACAACUCACCGACGAACAGAUCGCAGAGUUCAAGGAAGCUUUUAGCUUGUUCGAUAAAGAUGGCGAUGGUUGCAUCACCACCAAGGAGCUUGGAACUGUGAUGAGGUCUCUUGGUCAGAACCCGACUGAAGCCGAGCUUCAGGACAUGAUAAAUGAGGUUGAUGCUGAUGGGAAUGGUACUAUUGACUUCCCGGAAUUCCUCAACUUGAUGGCCAGAAAGAUGAAAGACACCGAUUCUGAGGAGGAGCUCAAGGAAGCUUUCCGUGUCUUUGACAAGGAUCAGAAUGGCUUUAUCUCUGCUGCUGAGCUGCGCCACGUGAUGACAAACCUGGGUGAGAAACUCACUGAUGAAGAAGUUGACGAGAUGAUCCGUGAGGCUGAUGUCGAUGGUGAUGGCCAAAUCAACUACGAGGAGUUUGUCAAAGUGAUGAUGGCUAAGAAUGCUCGUCGUUUGCCAUGGGAGACAUGUUACUUCCCUAAGACUUGUGUAGCAAAUAACAGCCAACCACUUAUAUUAAUCUUAAGAGUGAGUAAGGAAAUUCAAAGAAAAAUGGGAAGUUUUGAGGGGAAGAAGAUGAAGAUUUUGUGCCUGCAUGGAUUUAGAACAAGUGGGAGUUUCCUCAAGAAGCAAAUCAGCAAAUGGGAUCCUUCUAUUUUUGGCAAUUUCGAUUUGGAUUUUCCAGAUGGUAUAUUUCCUGCUGGUGGCAAGUCCGACAUUGAGGGAUUCUUUCCACCCCCUUACUAUGAAUGGUUCCAAUUUGAUAAGGAAUUUACGGAGUACACUAACUUGGAAGAGUGCAUCUCAUACUUGUGUGAAUAUAUCACCACCAAGGGACCCUUUGAUGGUCUCCUUGGCUUCUCUCAGGGAGCAACACUAUCCGCGCUUUUAUUAGGAUACCAAUCACAAGGGAAUGUUUUGAAGGACCAUCCACCCUUCAAAUUCUUUAUAUCAAUAUCUGGAACAAAAUUUAGAACUCCAAGCAUUUGUGAAGUUGCAUACAAAGAAUCCAUCAAGGCUAAAUCAGUUCACUUUAUUGGAGAAAAAGAUAGGUUAAAACUUCCCUCUGAAGAAUUUGCCACUACUUUUCAGGAUCCUCUGAUUAUACGGCACCCUCAAGGCCACACUGUCCCAAGACUAGAUGAGGCGGCAUCCAAGCAGCUGCGCAAUUGGGUGGAGGAGCUGUUGGUCCAGACAAGUAAGGUUAAAGAAGAGCAUAUUCUAAUGGAGAAGAUGCAGAAAGACGAAGUAGAAGUAUCGCAAGCCUAAAUAUUUGAUCUUUGAUUAAUUAGUUUUACAUAAUUAGAAGUCAUACAAUUUUAUGUUAGCUCAAUAAUCAGUGAAGAUCUAGUUGUUGAUCUUGGAUGAAGCAUCAACUGUUUGAAGAAUUAAAGAUUAUUUAAUAUGUAGAACUACGUUUCUUAUGCAUAA